GGAAAAGAGUAAGCGUAGGAAAGAGAUAGGCCGAGGGAGAGCGUGUAAGAGAGUAAGAGAGAAGGGAAUAGGUGCCACUCGACGAGGAACCAAUACUACGGUCCCUUUACAAACCAACUCACGAGGCUUGCGAGGCCUCCUCUCUAGCGUGAGUAUUCCGCCGCCAGUUCUCGAGAGAGAGAGAACCGUGCUUUUCGGACCCUCAACCCUUUCUCGGCUCGACCAUAAGCCACGAGGCCCACCUGGCCUCUUCUUCUACCACCACCACCACCAUCGUACACAGGUCACUACCACCGUUUACCAUUUAUCGUCACCGUCACCAUCCUGACGUUCCGAGUUCCGAUCGGUGGAUGGUACGUAUACGUGUAUGUGUACAUAUACAUGUAUAUAUAUACACGUUUUGAAUGGUAUUCGUGUACCAUCACUACCAACGAAUCGCAUCAACCACCACCACCACCACCACCACUAUCGUCGUCGUUGUCGUCGCCGUCGUCGUCGUCGUCGUCGUCGUCGUCGUCGUCGUCACCACCACCACCGUCUCUCGCCGACUGCCCAGUCUACCUCUCUCCGCGUUUACCUAGGACCAGACAGAGAGAGAGUGGGAGAGAGAGCGCGCGAAAGAUUGUGAGAGGGACAGAGCGAAAGAACAAACGAGAGACAAAGAGAGAGUGAGAAAGAGAGAGAGAGGGAGGAAAAGAAAGAGAGGAAGAGAGAGAGAGGUAAAGAGUAAGAGAGGGUCUCGGGUUUGCGCAAAAGUUACGACGGAGCGAGGAGCAGUGAGACACACCGCGGAGACCGGAAGAGACCCUCUCUCCCUGAAGAGAAGUCCUCCGGCUAAGUGAGAGAGAGAGAGAGAUUCAAGCGCGCGAAAAACAUCAUCGUGUCGAAUCGGAGUGUGUCAUCUUUACGGGACACAUGUGAGAGUGUGUGCGCAGGGUGUGUGUGGUGCGACAAAAUUUCGGGCUAAAAUUCGACGACAACGUUUGUUUAACCGUGUAUCGUUUUUAUCGUCGUCGUGCUUUCUAGUCGCCGCCGCGGUACAUUCGCCGCGACUCCGUUUCCCGAAGACACGUGGUGUGCUGUUGUUGCUUCCCAUGGAAUUCUGUGUCGUCUCUAUAUGACAUCGUCGUCGAUCCCAUCAAAAAUCCCGUUCAAUUUUCUUAUCACCAUUGUGAUUUGUUGAAACGGUUGCAAUAGCAUCGUCGUCGUCGUCGUCGUCGUCGUGCUGGCCGUUAUCGGAGCGAUCCGAGUGCGCGUUCCUGCCGAACGAAAACACCGGACACGUGCUCAUCCGCACGUGCUUUCAUCGACGCACGUGCUCUUUAGACAAGUUUGGCUACGUAUUUGAAACAGUUCCUACCGUCAACCGAACCGAAUGUCAAUGUUCCGAUCGAUUUUCAUCGGUUCGAUUCGAUUUGAAAAUAGAAAGUAUCGGAGCACGAACAAGACGCAUUGAUAACUUUCGAGGAACGAUCGAGUGUAAGGAAGAGAAAGGAGAAAGGGAAAAGAAAGGUACGCGAAGAAGAGAAGAGAAAGAAGUGGAGAAAGAAGAAGAAGAAGAAGAAGAAGAAGAAGGUGAAGAAGAAGAGGAAGGUUGAAAUCAAAUAGCAAGACUGGCUGUGUUCGGUUUACCACUUACGUACGAAGCAAGAGCGAGCCGCGCGCGUUGUGUAAGAGCUGAAAGUAAAAGUUGAAACCAGCGAGUUGUGCUCGCGGGAGCGCGUGCGGAGCGCGCUAAAAUCCGAUCCUGUCUCGUAGGCUGGGCAUAGCCGAAUAUCUCUGUUUCUCUCUCUCUCUGUCUCUCCCUCUCUCUCCCUCUCUUUCUCUGUCUUUCCCUCGACAGCUUUCGGAUUUGGUCCUACCGUCGUCGAGCUGUUUCUUUUUCCGAGAGAAUCGCGUACCAGCAAUAACCACGGAAGCAACGGAAGGUGGCCGUUCGGGAAGUGUCGGGAACGGUGGAACACGCACGAUACGAAGCUAAAGAAAAGGAAAGGAAAAAGGAAAGGAAACGGGAAACUAAAGAGAGAGAGAGAGAGAGCGCGAGAAAAGAAGUGUUCAAUUGUGUAACAACAUUUCUAGUCCGUUGCUUCGUGAAAUCUGUGUCUAAUUUCGAUUGGACGACGGUGCACGCCGAGGUCUGCGGGACUCUCUUGUGACGAAGAACAGGUGAAAGAGCUCGCGGUACGGUUGCUGAACACAAUCGCAAUCGUAAAAGAUCGCCGUGUUGACCGUUACCGAUUAGACGAAGGAGAAAAAGCGAUGGAAACGUUGGUUACCGUGUGCUUCGUGUCGUGCGCUACGAAACGCGACCGUUCAAGGUCAUCGUUCCUCGUAUCCCACCGGUAACCCGCUUCCGGAACCGAAGAAAACACCGCGUCAGGAUCCACUGUCAACGCGGUGGCGGAAUUCCAGUCGGAUUUCGUGGCAGAAUUCGAAGCCUCCCGCGGCCCGUACCUUCGAUCCUUCGCCUCGCCUCCCGCUCGCUUCAGCUUCGGCUACGCCGCAGUUCGGCCUCUACAGGAGAAGUUUCGUAAAACGGAUUACAAAACCAGAAGAGAAAGGAGACAGAGAAAGGGAGAGGCAGAGAGGAAGAAGAGAAGCAAAGCAGCAAGUGGAAGGAGGAGAGAAACAGCGGUGAUCCGCCGCAGGAAAUUGUAAGGUAACGAUACGCAGUCGGAGAUACGGGUGUACGAGCACAACUUCUGAAUCGUCCGCAGGGUGGACGACGAGGAGACGGGAAACGUCACCGAAAUCGACGAUCUGUGGCUGGAAACGUCUGUGACGAGAGCCGAGAAAAAGAAGGAAAAAAGAGGAACUGGAGUAGUAGUUCGCUGUCGAGGACAAGUCAGCAGUAGCGGAGGACAAGUUUGAAAGACGAUCCGGAUGUGGCUAAAUCCUACUUGUUUUUCUUUCUCAGCCUUUAUACUUCAUACCCACCGUGUACUUUUCUAAUCUCGUCGAGCAGCCAUCAUCGCGAUUGGAUUUUUCGCGACACGUCCGUCCGCGAUCUGCUGCAUUAAGCACGGAAACCCGAGAGGUUCUUGAAAAACGGGGCUGACUUAAACGCCCCGUACGGAUCGUACCCCUUGGUAGCUGGUGAACACUCCUGGCGCAGAGAGACACGCGGCCGAGCGGAAUUAAAAGUGCGUUUAAAAAGGUUAGCGGGAUAAAAAAGGCGCGCGCGCGAAAGGAUAAGAGAAAGGAAUAGGAGCCACCUCCGAGUCCUUGAGAGUACCCAACGGGUAAAAGUGCCGCGCUCGGAGCCAGCCGGUUGACCCUGGCCAGCCAACGGAGCAGACCCCGUUGGAAAAAAGUACUCCACGUCGUUUUUCGUCGUUAUCCUCGUCAUCGUUGUCAUCCUCCUCGUCAUCGUGGUGAUCCUCUUGAACCCUCGCAUCAAACGGAUGUCACCGCUCUCAACCACGUACAUCCAUUUUUUCUUUUUUUUACCUGGGAUUCACGUGUUGUAUAUAUCGUGUGUACCACGUGUACCAACGUCGAUAUUUCGAACACUAUUAUCGUCUGGUGUUUGUUUCUGAAAUUUCUCUUCGUCCGAAGAUACAAGGGGAUAUCGCAUUACCGGUAUAUUGUGACUAGUGUGGACGUGGUUCUCCAGUGUGAGGUGAAUUCAGUGCCAACUUCGAUGUUGCCUCGAUUUCUUUUGGCAGCUAUACCGUUUUGUUAAUGUUCUACCGUUUCGUCUCCGUUUCUCUACGACGUGCUACGAUCUAUUUCUCGUCCCGUUGGUGAUCACAUCCCCCUUAUAUCAAUGUAUGCCACGUGUUUACACCGUCGUACUCGUCGCCGCUAUCACGGGAUUUCGGGUCGUCGGCUCGUCGAGAUGCUUCGUGACUCUUCGAGAGAGUUUUAAGGGAAACACCGUGCCUCACCGAUUACGUUUCUUUAUUGGAUACCGUCGAUUAUUGGAUAAAACUAGGACGAUCAAAAUCGCAAGACGAUGUAUACUGACGGUCUCCUGACACUCCAUUAUGGGAAGCAUCCAGCGACCUUGGCCGCAGAGGUCGGAGCCUGGUACACCGGGGACCGUCACGUGGACGUGACGUUAGCUUGCGACGAUGGGUCCGUCGUGAAGGCUCACCGUGUAGUUUUGGCAGCAGCUAGUCCCCUUUUGGCUAGUCUUCUUCGUAAUCCCGCGUUGGACCAUGUGGUCCAUUUGUCGGGGGUCCGAAAAACCCAGCUGACCCAUCUGCUGGAAUUCCUCUACAACGGAGAAGCUCUCAUACCUUCGACGGAACUCACGCCACUGAGGGAACUGUUCGAGCUUCUUCAAAUUAAAUCGGAACUGUUCGAGCCGAAUCAACCUCAGACAUCGAGCAACUCCGAUCCUGAAAGAGUACCCACCCCUCAGCCUUCGGAGGGCCAGGAAAGUUCCAGCUACGAGUCGCAGUAUGACGGCAGGCAAUCCAACAAUCCCGCAGACUGUUGUUCGGUGCUGAUAAAGACCGAGGGCUGCGAGGAGGAGCCGGAAGUGGACGUCGAAGGGGUCGAGGGUGAAGGGAUUCUUACGGAGAACAGAGAAAGCAGUAUAGAACCACCCCGACGGAGGGAUAGUUCCGAUCCUGUGAACUUGAGCUUAAAUUCGGGUACUUCGACCACUAGCGAGGGUUCGCACGAUAUCGUGCCUAGACCAGAAAAACAAUUACUGGAGAGGCGAGAAUCUCUGGAGGAAGCGGAAGAGAGGAGAAGACAAUUAGCCGCUCGGCUCGCGUUAGGAUUAGAACAGGGAAAACGAAAACCGGAAGAAAUACCUAUCCCACCUGCGGAGGCGUACGUCGUGACGCCCCAUCGAAAACGAAGGCCAGGCUUCCACAAUGCUCCAGCACAGAAUCCAGCUUUCGUACCGUUUAAUCCUGGUUUCGAAACCCCGAGACGGUUACAAGCGCCACAUCCUCUCAGCGUCUCCGCGCCUCCGUACCUGCAGGACAGGUCAGUGACACCUCCAGGAGCGUCGCACAGACCUCCAAGCGCGGAUCCAGCAUCGGCAGCGGGUUUGGAACCACCUUGGGGCUCUUGGGCCCUACCACCAGCGAGGGCGCCCCCGCCGCCGCCGACAGACGAUCCGCCAAAAUCUACCCCUGCCCGCGAGUAUCGGUGCAGCUAUUGUGGGAAACAGUUCGGAAUGUCGUGGAACUUGAAGACGCAUUUAAGAGUGCAUACGGGUGAAAAACCGUUCGCGUGUAGACUUUGUGUAGCUAUGUUUAAGCAAAAGGCCCAUCUGCUGAAGCAUCUUUGCUCGGUACACAGAGGCGUUAUAGCAGCCCCGGACAAUACGUUUACUUGUUGCUUCUGUUCGUUAAGUUUCGAUAGUUUACAAGAGCUGAUCAGGCAUCUGUCGGGUCCGCACAAUAAUUUGCUGCUUAGCAAAAAUCUGCACGACUAGCGACAAGGUUAAGGCCGACCGGUGCUGAUGGCUGACCUCGGCCGCAUCUCGAUUCAAAUUUUAUCGCGUGCCCGAAACGUUUCGAUCGUGUUCGGAUCGAAAAGUACGAGUGCCUUUCGAAUCGCUAUUGUAACGUUCAAUGUUUCAAUUUCAACGUCACUUCUCCUUUAUCUACUUUAUCGUACGAGUCUGGGCAUCGAUCUCGAGAUGACAAGGUCGCAUCAUGCUUCUACUAAAGAAACACAUCUCCGAUCAUUUUCAUACGACUUCAAGAAUCAUACUUCUCCAACGAUAUUUUUAUAAAAUCUUGAAAGAGAACGUCGGACUGGUUUAUCUUGAAAAUGUUUGGAGACAACGCAUGUUCUCUAUAAAAACGCGUGUCGACAAGUUUUUUUAAAUGAAUUUACAUAGAUAAAAGCACGCAAAUUUGUGAAGUUUCUAAACGAACGUUCUAAUCGAGAGAAACUAAACGGUGUUUGGAUAUAGAACAUUUGAUUCUUUAGUAAGAAACAGCAUGAACAGCACCGGGAGAGCCUUUUAUUUUAUUUUUAAAUAAAAUCGUCGCGUUAUUCGCGCGACUUCCUAGUUUGAAAAAUACCCGAAGAUCAGGCAAUAAUUUGUUUAUUAUUGUUAUAAGCGAUGACCAGUAACUCUGACCAAAUAACGUAUCCCCGACGAUCGACGUGUAGUCGGAUAUGUUGUGUCGGUCUCUAUUUACGAAACGUUAAGAAAGUCGAAACGAGAAUAGGAAACUAAAAAGAAAAAUAGAGAAAGAGGUGAGAGUCAAUUAUUGUUGAGCGGCGAAUUUUGUCCAAGUGAACUCUCGUUGCGUCUUUACUUACUUGAGAAGAAAAAGAAAGGAAAGCUUCUUCGCGUCAGGUGACAACCAGCAAAGACGUCUCUCGUUUACCUCAGCGUGCGUAAGCAAUCUCAUGUGUAAAUAACGUUAACGUUUUAGUAGUAGAAACAAGCGGACGGAUAAGAAUUUAUUUAUUUUACACUUCUUUUUUUUUGCAAAGGGACCAACCGAUUUUCCACCGAUUUCUGUCUUAGGUAGAUGUUUAGGUGUCCUGCCCCUCAAUCGCCUCGAACAAAUUAAGCUCGAACGAAAGCGAAACGCUAUCGAAAUUAGAUUUAAAUCGAAGAAUAUGUUCUUUUUUUUUUUAAAUACGGAAGGUCUUAAGAAAAGACGUUGGCGUUACAACUCCUUACCCUUACGAAGAGGAACAUUAUCGGCGGGACACAAUCGUGGAAGAAAAAGAAGGAGCAACAAUAAUUUUAAUCUUUCGUUAUUUUUUUGCAAAACGACUCAAGCUACAAAUUUUUGCCGACCAAUUAGAAUAAAACGUUGCUAAUGUUCUUCCAUUUAUGUACAAUCCUCGUCUUCCACUUCAUAUCGCCAGAGUCCUAUCUUCUUCCUUCCCCCUUUACAACUCCAUCCAUGAAUCUGGUGUUCUAUUUUUUUUUUUUUUUUUGAAACCAUCGAAACAACGUUCUCGGUAUCUCAGCCACACGAGUGCCUUGUCAAAUGGGUCCAAAUUGGUCGAUUGGGCAGUGAUUUCAUGUGUUCAUAGGCUUAAGGUAUACGUAAACGUAAUUAAGAUGACGAUACGAGCUCGCUGUAGGAAUUGAAAGGAAACGUUUAAUUAAUUCACGUAGAAGGUUUCAAUAUCACUCGAAUUAAUCCAAGAUUAGGUAGGAUCUAGAUCGUUGUAAGUAGCAGCUUUUGUUUCUCUAAUUUCUUUCUCAUUGACGCAGGACGUCAUUAUUUUUCUUUGUUUUUCUUUCUUUCUUCUUGGUUAGAUAGGUAUUAUUACUUAAGGUGCCUUGAAGAAGGGCCUCGACCUCUCUUCCGUUCCUUCGUUGAAAAAUUUCGAGCUAUCAAACGAACGAUCCGAAGCAUCAGAAAUCAAACGUACAAAUUCUAACUAGAAUCGAAAGAAUUUUAUUUCAAAUUGAUAUAUAUAUUUGAUGUAUAUAUAUAUUUUGUUUAAAAGAUACGCGUGCAUUCCAUAAUAUCCGUGUAUACAAACUGAAUGAAUCUUGAAUGAUAUUCGUUCGUUUUUGAAAAGCAAAAAUCCUGCAAAAUGGAAUAAACCAAAGGACGUAAGAAGAGAUUAGAGGGGUGGUAUGCGCUCUCAUUAAGCCAGGCAUAAACGGCCAGCACAAAACAGUGAACGCAAUGUGAUACUAAAUGAUAAUAAGGAUAAAGUAAUUAUUGUUUAGCGUGCAACGCCUCGGCGCAUGGCACGAGCGCGACUCGUGGCUCUUUCAAUAAAACAAAAGAAAAAGAAAAAAAAGAGAGAAAAAUGCCUUUCGAUCGCGAGAGGAACAAGCAUUACGAAUUCUUCUUUUUUUUUUUCUGCGAGCUGCCUAAAGAAAUUUUUACCAACUAACUUUUCGUCGUUUCUAUUCCAAUCCUUCUUCUCCUAGAACUCUCUCCAACCCCCUCGUCCCCCCCUUCUCGUGACGUAAGCGCACUAGGAUUUAUGUAUAUAGAUUAUUUUAACGUUAAUUAGUUACGUUUAUUGUGUAAAGAUACACACACUCGCCGCCAGAUGUCUCGAAAGGGCACGUUUAUCCUCUCGAAAGUAAUUGAAUUAUUUCGAUCACGUGUACAAGGAACAUAAAUUGAAUAUAUCUUUUUUGGAAAGUUUUAAUCUAGUGCAAAAUCGUUCUCAUUUUGUCAUAUGAAACUUUAAGAAGAAAAGUAGAAAUUUAUUGAAAAUAUUCCUCUCUCCGUUGAUUAUUCACUGCCCUUCCGAACACCUGGCCAGAGUUUCGUAGAGUUUAAGCAUCUUCCGAGCGGAAUGCGUUUUCCGCGUGCUUUCUUAGUGUUCAUAGGUUUACAAGAAAUAAAUUAAUUCAGUUGAGAAAUCUA